AUGGCGAGGACUAAGCAGACAGCACGGAAAUCCACGGGCGGCAAAGCUCCCCGCAAGCAGCUGGCCACCAAGGCAGCCCGCAAGAGCGCUCCGGCGACGGGCGGCGUGAAGAAGCCGCACCGGUACCGGCCGGGUACAGUGGCUCUGCGGGAGAUCCGGCGCUACCAGAAAUCGACUGAGCUGCUCAUCCGUAAGCUGCCUUUUCAGCGCUUGGUCCGUGAAAUCGCGCAGGACUUUAAGACUGACCUGCGCUUCCAGAUAUCUGCAGUGGUGGCAUUGCAAGAAGCCAGUGAGGCUUACGUGGUAGGGCUGUUCGAGGACACCAACUUGUGCGCCAUCCAUGCCAAGCGGGUUACAGUAAUGCCCAAGGACGUUCACCUGGCGCGGCGCAUUCGCGGGGAGCGCGCCUGA